CCGGAUGCCCUUCCCUACGCUCUCGCCCGAGAGCCGCUGCGGGGCGGGCGGAUGGCGGGACGGCCCGCGGGGGUCCGCCGGCGGAGGAAGGAGGCAACGGGAGGCGCGGGAACGCCAGGGGCAAAGGGAGCCGAGCAAAUCCCCCGCAAAGCCCGGGACCGCAAAUAUCGCCGCAGAGAUGCGAGGGGCGAAGAAGCGCCAGGCGCUGCCCGCCAUCCUGCUCCUGCUGCUGGCCUCGGCCCCGCCGCCACCCGGCGCCGAGGGCAGGGACGUGCCGUCCGCCGAAGCCGAGCGGGGGGCGCUGCUCGAUUUCCUUCUCCAAGCCCUGGGCGACGGCGAACGCCCGCUGCCGCCCCGCCCGCCGCGGCGGGACCGGGUGAUCUCCCGGCGGUACAUCGGCGGCGCCCCGUCGCCGGAACCCCGCUCUGUUGCCGUCGCCGCCGCCGCCCCCCGGCCGCCGCCGGCCGUCGCCCCUCCGCCUCCACGGCUCUUCGCCACCGCCCGACACGGAGAAAUUUUUCCAAGAGAUUCCACUCUAAAAGACAAGUUCAUAAAACAUUUUACAGGGCCAGUCACGUUUUCAUCAGAGUGUAGCAAGCACUUUCAUCGACUGUAUCACAACACAAGGGAUUGCUCAACUCCAGCCUAUUACAAAAGGUGUGCAAGGUUGCUAACAAGAUUAGCAAUGAGCCCUUUGUGUACACAGUCCUAGGAUGUUUGCUGUACUUUUUACCAAGGAGAGAAUUCUGAUUUGCCAAGAAAGUGCCUUGAAAUCUUCCAAGACAGAGAAGACAUCUUUUACUUUUUUUUGAUUUACAACGUUUUGUUACUAGAUACUUUUUAUUUUCAUAUAUUUGUUGGACAUUCCAUAUUUGUGUGAAACAUUAUUUUAUUUUAAUUUGUAAAUUUGUUGCCUAUAGUUCAGACAAGCCAAUUAUUUAAAUACAUUGUAUAUAAAGAAUACUAAUGAUAUACUGAUUAAAUGUUUCAACCAUAUGCAGGGAGUUGGUAAAAUUUUGCUGUUUCUCUUGUUCCAUUGUAUUUACAUCAUUCUGCUCAGGCUCUUACUUUCAUUAUUUGCACUAACUUGAAAUGCAGAAGUCUAUGUAACUGAAAUCUGAAUAAGCUGUAAGUGGAGAAGUUUUACUUGCCAUGGAAGAUAUUUUAUAUUAUGAAGCUUUGUUAAUAUAUACAUAUAUCUUAUUGCACAUCAGAAAAAAAAUUGCUCAGAAAUGCACCUUGCUUUCAGGAACAUUUGUAUGACUAUUCUGGAUUGUCAUCAGUUGCAUUUGUACUGGCACUUAUGGAAAGAGUUGCAAAUAAUGUAAAUAUAAAGACUGGAAAACUGCAAUGCAGUUUUGGUGGAAUAAAGGACAUAAAAGUGAACUCUUUUCCAGGAGGGGUUAUUUAAAUUUAUUAAGAGGCUAAUUAUUUAAUAUAAAAAUUGAAUUUAUCUGGUGAAUUUGAAAUAAUUUUCCAUUGAGAACUGCAAACCUGUGGGUUUAGGUUUUUAAAACAUUUUAUUUUCAAAUGA